UGUCCAUUAAGACUCACUUAUUGCUCUAUAAAUUGCAAUACACUCUUCCAACAUUGGUACAUACAUCCAUCACUUAGCAUUAUUGCUAUCUAUAUUUUUGCCUUCUUUCUUGGACACACACAUAUAAAUAUACACUUGUAUAUCUUCAUAUUAUACAGUAUAUAGUGCUAUGUUUAUGAAACUUCAAUAUUCAUACUUAGGUUGGAACUUCAAGUUUUCCAUAAUGAAAAGGCUUGUUUUGUGUUUUCUUAUGCUAUUGAGUAAUGCAAAUUCUUCAUAUGCAAGUUUAGUAUUGAAUAGAACAGAAAUAGUCAUGUUUAGAGAGCAACAUAGAAGAACUAUGCUUGAUAAUGGACUUGGCCAAACACCUCCUAUGGGAUGGAAUAGCUGGAACCAUUUUCAUUGUGAUGUUAGUGAAGACUUAAUCAAACAAACAGCCAAUGCUAUGGUGUCAACUGGCCUUGUUGAUCUAGGUUACAAAUAUAUUAAUAUAGAUGAUUGUUGGGGUGAACUUAAUCGAGACUCGAAGGGUAAUUUGGUUGCUAAAUCAUCAACAUUCCCUUCAGGAAUUAAGGCUUUAGCUGAUUAUGUACAUAGCAAAGGUCUCAAAUUAGGGAUCUAUUCUGAUGCAGGAAAUCAAACAUGCAGUAAGAAAAUGCCUGGAUCACUAGGGCAUGAAGUGCAAGAUGCUAAAACAUUUGCUUCUUGGGGGAUUGAUUACUUGAAGUAUGAUAACUGUGAGAAUAAUAAUAUAGACCCGAAAGAAAGGUACCCGGCGAUGAGUGAAGCUUUGUUGAAAUCUGGAAGGCCGAUCUUCUUCUCUUUGUGUGAAUGGGGAUCAGAAGAUCCAGCAACAUGGGCGAAAAGUGUUGGAAAUAGUUGGAGAACAACAGGAGAUAUUCAAGAUAAAUGGGACAGUAUGAUAUCUCGCGCAGAUCUGAAUAACAAAUGGGCUUCUUACGCUGGACCUGGAGGAUGGAAUGAUCCUGACAUGCUUGAAGUUGGAAACGGAGGUAUGACAACCGAAGAAUAUCGUGCCCAUUUCAGCAUAUGGGCAUUAGCUAAGGCUCCUUUAUUGAUCGGUUGUGACAUUCGAGCGCUAGAUAACACGACAAAGGAAUUGCUAAGCAACUCAGAAGUUAUUGCAGUAAACCAAGACAAGCUAGGAGUUCAAGGGAAGAAGGUGAAAAGUAAUGGUGAUUUGGAGGUUUGGGCAGGUCCUCUCGGUGAUAAUAAGCUAGCAGUCGUCUUAUGGAAUAGGAGUCCAUCGAAAGCAACAGUAACCGCAACUUGGUCUGACCUUGGUCUGAAACCAGGAACUUCAGUCGAUGCAAGAGAUUUAUGGCUGCAUUCAACGCAAUCGUCGGUUUCGGGAAACAUAUCUGCAGAAUUAGAUACACAUUCUUGUAAGAUGUAUAUCUUAACACCCAACUAAGCUCUCAAAAUACUGCGACAGAAAAGGAGGUAAACAAUAGGAGUCAGUACUACCACAACAAAUGCAUUGCCAAUCAUUCCAAGUUCCACAGAAGGAAGGAGAUAUCAAUUAGAAAUUUAUUUGUUCAUAGAAAAUGCAGAAACAAAUGAAUAAGUUAUAUUUCGAAUGAGGUUUUCAUUUUAAUCUAUACGUUGAGGUCAAGCCUUUAAAACUUUAUUUCUUCUGGUUAA